UACGCUGCCAUCUGGUGUUUCUUAAAAGUGAAAGUGAAAGUACAUUUUAGGCGCUAUUCUUCUGACAGAGGGGCUGUUCGUUUUGCCCACGGUCCUAAAUUCACACAAAAAAGCACCGAAUCUGAAAUCUUUGCGUACAAACGGAUCUGAGCUACGUCCUGAUUUCAACAUCACAGCUCGAGUUGCACGAAGGACUUCUUCCAGGAGCACGUUGUCCAGAAUGGGUGUACACAGCUUAUCUGUGUACAUUUUGGCGGGUCUCUGUGCGUCUCUGUCGAAGGCUGCUCCAGUUUCAGAAAGCUUUGUGGUUUUGGUUCUGUCCCCUGUCUCGGUGCACCACGGGCGCACAACCACAUUACCAUGCUGGCUCAAUCCACCACAAAAUGCAGAGGGUCUGGAGGUCCGCUGGUACCGCAGUGAAAACUUUGACACCCCAAUUAUACUUUACCAGGCUCAGAAUUUGACUGCAUCACAGGACGCUCAGUACAAUGGGAGAGUCUCCUUUGGUUUAAAGGAUGCAACAUCUGGUGGAUUGAAGACAGGUGAUGUGAGUCUGAGCUUGGGCAAUGUCACAGUCACGGAUGCAGGAGAAUAUACUUGUUACAUCAGCAGUGACAAGGGUUAUGACAAAGCAAGUAUCAGCCUCUCUGUGAUAGGAAUUGGAGCUCAACCUUUCCUUUCAGUAGACUGGAGAGAUAGGGACGAGGUGAACGUAAGCUGUGAGUCUGCAGGCUGGUAUCCAAAGCCUCAGCUCCGAUGGUUUGACCAGAAGCAGGAUCUGAACCCGAAACACCUUGACUACAGUGAACGUUCCUCUGGCCUGAUGUCAGUCCACAGCUGGCUCCUGGUGCCUAGCUCCUCUGAGGUCUCCUGCUCUGUGGAGGGGAAGGUGGCCAGCGUGCACCUGGGAAGUCCUCCUGAGUCUGCAGGCUCUUUAGCUGGAUGGGUGGCCUUCGCUAUACUGCUCAUAGUAGCUUUAGCUGGGCUGCUGUACUAUAAGAGGAAAGCUCUGUUUAAAAGGCUGAAAUCAAAGAGAAUUCCAGCUGAAGAGGUGGAUUUAACAGCGCCUUUACUAGAAGUUACAGUUAAGCCAACAACCUUGGCAGAGGCUACCAAGCAUUACGUAAAUGUGACGUUUGACAGUGAGAAUCGUCCAUAUCUCACCAUCAGGAACUGUAAAGUAAGAGAUGCAGGUCAUUCCUUUCCUGAUGGGUCAAAUGUUACCUGUCUCACCGCUAUCAGAGGGAAGGAUGGCUUCUCCUCUGGACAGCACUACUGGGAGGUUUCUUUGGGCAAGGAAGAUAUACAUGUAGGCCUCAAACAGUCUUGGUGGGUAGGAGUUACGAGUGCAACUAGCUUUUCUGAGCAGCCUGAUAUUCCCCCAACCGCAUCAAACGGUUUCUGGUUCCUGUCCUCUUCUCCUGACAGGGUAGAAAGCUUUCAGUUCAGCACAGAACCGAAAGUGUUGCUGCCUGUUGUUUCCAGACCGCAGACACUUGGUGUUUAUCUGAAUUAUGCUGGAGGAGAACUUUCCUUUUAUAAUGUGGAUGCCAAAAGCCUCAUUGGCUCUUUAAACGUUCAGUUCAAGGGGGGAGUCUUUCCACUGUUCAAUCCUGGUAAUGGUGACAAAGCCCCUAUGGAAAUACUACAGAAGCCAGUGGAGGGCACACACAGUGAUGAGGUGAACUCGGUACAAUCAACAUCUGCAGGGCCUGCAUCUUAAAAUCAUCUGGGACAACUCAUGUUGUACCAGUAUAGAAAAAAUAAAUUUAAACUUUUUUAAUGGCAGUACAUUUCCACAAUUGGGACCAGUUGAAUUUUACGCUGUUAAACCUGAACUAUUAAAAAUCGGACUCCAUUCUAUUGGGCAGUGCCAGAAGAGUUGUUAUACUGCACACUGUGCAGUAUUGGUACUAACUGGCUGCUGUAUAUUCAUUACCUCAUAGUAAUAAUAAAUAGACAAUAAGCAUGUAUCCAGAAAACGUUCCUGUAGCCUUGUGGUUACGUCUGAUAUCAUGUUCUGUGAUUGUGUCUUUCUUUUUUUGUGUGUUUCUGAUCGGGCUGAAGGAGGAGUAGGAUCCACAUAGGAACAUAUUCACGUUCAGAUUCUAAAAAGUUAGAACACUAUUUUCUUUAUCUCUUUAAAUCAGUGUUGUUUUUACAUGCACACAGUUUGGUGCUUUACUUUUAUAAAAGUCUUCUUUUGUACAUUUUUUAAUUGAACUGUUUUAAUUCAUUUAUACAAGUGGGUAAAGUUUACAAUGAUAUUUACACUAAGUAUCAAACUUCUGUUGGACAAUGAAGUUGAAUCAAUCUGAAACUACAGGACUCCACUCCCUCCCGUAGCAGGGAGAAAUCCAGAUUCCUUGUGUUGCUAAUGGUGAUGCUUUUGUUAGUAUCAUUGUACUUUAUAUUUGUUUUAUGUUAUUUGUUUUGUGUUAUUUUCUGUAACAGACUCUGUUUCUCUAUAAUUUCCCAAGUCUGACAAAAGCACUGAUUACUGUUGAACAUGUGUAUUGUGAACUAAUGCAAACAAUGGAUGUGACAUCUGCAGAGGCAGCUUCAUAACUGAACCCAGUACAGUAAUUAAUCUUUCUAAGGAUUAUUGGUCGUCAACUUGCUUUUUUUUAUUGUGAAUGAACAGAUGUUUAAAUAUCAAACAACUGUACUUUAAUAAUAAAGUUAAUUGAUCAGUGUUCCUGGA